AGAGAGAGAGAGAGAGAGAGAGAGAGAGCAUGCGGCCACUUGACUGAUAAACAACAGGAAACAACACAGAAGCGGUCCCUCAGGUCCGCGGCUCUUCUCCUCUUCUCCUCUUCUCCUCUCACCCGCUCCCCCCGUCUUCCAGUCCGGAGAACUUAAACUCCCCCAUCUGCGUGCACUGCAUUCGGCUGUAUUGUCUUGUCUUGUUGAGUGUGGAGCCCCGGAGUUGCAGCUUGGUUAUCCGCCCUCCCUCCACCCCUCUUCCCGGGGCAGAGACCGGAGGAAUCAGUCGGAACUUUUUCUGCCUCAUGAGGAGCGAAUGCACGGGUGCGUUACUUUUCUUCGGCGACACCUGGGCCCAGCCAGCAGUUUGGAAUUGAUAGUGAGAAACCUUGAAGACCUGUGAGUCAAACAAAGGAACCAGAGGAGGAGACGUUUCUUUAUAAGAGGAAAAGCAACAGGAUAAAUAACGAAGAUGGGGAGAAAAAAGAUUCAGAUAGCCCGGAUAAUGGAUGAACGGAACCGACAUGUCACAUUCACCAAGCGCAAGUUUGGUCUGAUGAAGAAAGCAUAUGAGCUGAGCGUGUUGUGCGACUGUGAGAUUGCACUCAUCAUCUUCAACAGCACCAACAAGUUGUUUCAGUACGCCAGCACCGACAUGGACAAAGUUCUGCUCAAAUACACAGAAUACAACGAGCCCCACGAGAGCAGGACCAACUCGGAUAUUGUGGAUACACUGCGUAAAAAGGGUUUAAACGGCUGCGACAGUCCCGACAUUGAGGCAGAUGACUCUGCUGGUCAGAGCCCAGAGUCAGACGAUAAAUACCGCAAAAUCAAUGAUGACAUCGACCUAAUGAUCAACAGACAGAGGAUCUGUCAGGGUCUGCCUCCCUCCAACUAUGACAUGGGACUGUCCAUCCCAGGCAGUAAUGCCAGCGGACUGAUGUACUCCCACCCAAGCAUAGGAGGUGGUCUAGGUAACCACAAUCUGCUGCCCAUCUCACACACACACCCCUCCCUACAGAGAAACAGCAUGUCCCCUCAGCGGCCCUCUAGCACUGGAAAUGCAGGACUGAUGGGCUCAGAGCUGACGAGCAGUGUGGUCUCCAGUGUGGGAAAUGGCAGCUACAGCAACCACUGCACCUCCCCAGGGCUGCUGUCCCCAGGAGGAGUCUCCAAAAACAUGCAGAAUAAGAGCCCUCCUUCGAUGAGCAUGAGCCGUAAGCCUGACCUCCGAACGCUGAUGCCGCCCUCCAACAAGUGCAACAACAUGCCAUCUGUCAACCAGAGAAUAAAUCACUCUCAGACCGCUCAGACGCUGUCGACUCCUGCAGUGUCCAUCUCUGCUCAGACUCUUCCUGGACAGGGGAUGGGCGGAUAUCCGUCAACACUCAGCUCUUCUUAUGGCACAGAGUUCUCUCUCGGAACUGACCUGUCCUCUCUGUCUGGAUUUUGUGGUUCUGGUCUUGGAUCCAUGACAAGCUGGCAGCAUCAGCAGAUACAGAACCUGCAGCAUCCAGCACUUGGACACAUGGGAAACUUGUGUCAGAGCUCCAACCUAAACCUCACCUCAGGUCAUCAGAACCUACACAUCAAGUGUGAGCCAGCUUCUCCUCCCAGAGACCGGAGUGUUGCCAUGGUCGGCACAGGACUCGGAGGAGGCGUGACCACAGCUGGAUACUCUACCUCUGCCAGGGGUCCCAACGAAUCGGGCCGCUCCCCCGGUGACAGCGCAUCCAGCUGUGGGAGCUCGUAUGAAGGCAGCGAGGAGCGUGAGGAUUAUCACGGCAGCGACGGCUUCCUACUCCGACCUCUGUCCAGUCAGGAGGAGCGCCACAGCCCCUCAGUCAAACGGAUGAGGCUAUCAGAGGGCUGGGCGACAUGAUUGGGGCCGGUCUACAACCAGAGGGGAAGGGAUGUUAGUAAAGUUACCUUAUAGUGUUAUUAUUAUUAUUAUAAUCAAAUUCUUAUUGUACCGAGUGGGUGUGCUAUAUGUGUAAUGGUAACAUGUAUGUAAGGGGGGGGGGGGGGGGCAGAGUCAGACAGUCAUACAGUGAUGCUCUGCUGUAUCAACAACUUGUUCUGUAGCUAGACUUGUACACUAGAGCAAUGACUCCUGGAUGAUCACAACUGGUGAACAGAACUUGUAAGAUAUGGUUUUUAUACUUUGAAAGCUGUGUCAAAAACAUCUCAUCUAAAAGGAAGAUUAAGGGGAAUUGACACCCGACUGUUCUUAGUAGAGGUAAAGGGUGACAUUUUAGGGAUUUUAGUGCAAUGAUAGAAAUAAUGAAAAAAAAAGAAUUUCAUAACAUCCACGGCCCGACAAAUGAAAUAUGUUUUGGAAAUGUGCAUUAAUCCAAGAAUACGAGAUAACACAAAAAGUCAAACAUCAA